ACCUCACCAACAAAAUGAACUCUUUGUUUGUCGCUAUUUUCGCUACCGUAGCAGUAGCAGCUAGUGCCAGUGGUAUUGGACCAAUAGGAGGUUGGGCUGCACCUGGUUGGGGUGCACCAGGCUGGGGCGCUGCCGGCUGGGGUGCUGGCGGCUGGGGCGCUGCUCCCCUUGGCUGGGGAUAUGGUGGACACGGAGCCGCCCUUGCCGUACCCGCUGUUAGAGUAGUUCAAGCUUCAGGAGUUGUUACAGGAGCUGGUGCUGCCGGACCAUCCGGUGUAGUUACUGGAGCAGGAGCUGCUGGUCCUUCAGGUAUUGUAACUGGUGCAGGAGCUGUUGGACCUACUGGACCUAAUGGUAGAGGUGUAGCUAUCGCCGCUGCCCCUGUAGCUGUCGCUGCUCCCGCUCUAGCUGCUCCAGUACUUGCCGCACGUGCACUUGCUGGUCACGGUGCCGUAAAUGCUGGCCCUGCCGCAUUAGGAGUUCUAGGUGCACCAGCUCUCGGUUGGGGACAUGGAGGUUUCGCUAGAGGGCUAGGUUGGGGAGCCGCUGGAUUGAGAGGUCACUGGUGA